CAAACGAGCCAUAUCCUGGUGGCAAUUGGCUCGAAUUGAGCGGGUGCGAGCAAACAUCGCGAGUGGCACAUUGCCCAUUCCGACCUGUCUUCAACCAAGUUGAAGACAGUUUCACAACAUGUUGGGGCGUGUGUACAUACUUACGUUGUGCGUGCUCGCAACUAGCACCUCGCAGCCGGAUGAGGUCGCCCCACACAUAAUCAAGACAAGAAGCAUUGACCUAAGCAAUGCGCACAGUCUGGCGAUGGAGACUCGACUCGAGAAGAGUGUACUACCCACUGGUUACAACCUGAGCUUGGAGCCGCGUAUUGAAGACGCCGCGUACGAAGGUUAUGUAGCCAUCAACUUGACGUGGGCCUCAGAAACUGAUGAGAUUACACUUCAUGUCUCCCCUGAAGUUGAAAUCAUUAAUACGACGGUUAAAGUAUGGCUUGAUGACUCUAAGGAACCCCGGGAGCUACGUAUAAAGGACAUUGAUCCAGACACAAAAAAAUCUACAAUAUUGUUUCAAGUCGACAGAUUGCUUCCGACAGACACCAAGGGAAUAAUUGAAAUGACUUUUAAAGGAAAAAUGGAAACCACAACUAGUGAGGGUUUCUUUAAAUCUACUUACAAGACAGAACAAGAUCGUGAAAGGACGGUGGUUGCAACACAGCUGCGGCCCAACAACGCACGGCGCGUGUUCCCCUGCUUCGAUGAACCCGAGUUCAAAGCGCCAUUCGAUGUCAGCGUAGUCCGCCCCUGGAACAUGGUGGCUCUCAGUAACAUGGAGAUUGACAGAGUUGAGAAUAUCACGGGUGAGCCGGAAGCUGUGCGUGUCUUCUUCAAGCGGUCGCCGCCGAUGUCAACGUUUACUCUCGGGCUGGUCAUUGCAGAUAUCGCUAAGCUUGGCAAUUUCACUAAUUUUGACGACGGUUCAUCCAAUAUCACUAUACAGUUUUGGGGUCGCGAUGGUUAUAUGGAAGUCCUAAAUGAAGCUCUGUUCAGAAUAAAUUACAUAAUGAACGUAAUUAAUGUCUACGACUGGCCAGCUUUGCCAAUAGCCAAAUUGGACAUCGUCGCAUUACCCAACUAUCAAGGCGUGAAACCAGCCGAUAACUGGGGCCUUAUCGUGUUCAAGGAGAGUGAUCUGAACAACGAGGGCUACAUACAACUCGCACAGGAGGUGCUGCAUCAGUGGCUGGGCGGGCUGGUAACUCCUGCCUGGUGGUCUGACGCUCACAUCAAUAAGGCCCUCGUUGGUUAUUUAGCUGUCGAAGCUGCCUUUAUGAUAAACGGUGGUUGCGAAAUGGACGGCAAGUGGCCGAUGACGGUUCUCUAUUCCUUGUACUACGAGUACAGCAAGCGUUACCCUCACUCCAGGAUCACGGGCAUGAAGCAGGAGACGAUGAGCACCAAGAUUGAGUUACUCUUCCGCAUGUUUAAUUACACUCUCGGUGAGAAUGUGUUCCGGAGUGGAGUCAGGAAGUUCCUGAUUGAGAGGGCAUAUAAAACAUUCGACAGCGAUUUCCUCUGGCAUUGCCUAAAUGCGGAAUACGCAGUCUCCCACGGUGAACAUCAGAUUGACGUCAAAACUAUUGCUCAGAGCUGGAUCGAAAAGGACCGACUUCCUCUACUCACAGUUAUAAGAAAUUACAAUAAUCGUACUGCUAUUAUAAAACAGAAACUGUACCUACGUGAGCGGCCUCAUGAUGUACCGGACGCGGAGCAGAUGCUGUGGUGGAUCCCGCUGAUCGUUUCUCGCGGCGACAACAACUUCUUCCCCAACGUGGUGACCUGGAUGAACGGUCCGGUAUAUUCUCUCCAACACGCUCCCAAUGACGAUAUCUUCAUACUUGUAAAUCCUGACGAAAUCGCUCCAUGUCCGGUUAAUUACGAUGAGCACAAUUGGAACCUGAUCGCGAAUUCUCUUCAGCACGAGCAGCAGGGGAUGCUGACGCCGCUCAGCAGAGCCAAGGUCCUCCACGACGCUUGGAACCUCGCCUUCGCCGGGGAACUGUCCUUCGCGACCGCACUCAACAUGACACUGUUCUUGAAGAGGGAGAAGCAUCACAUUGUAUGGGACCCCGUGUUCACAAUGAUCGAUCACAUUGCAAGACAUGUUUGGGACAUACGAGAUAAAUUUAAUGCUUACAUCAUAAGUCUACUGCGUCCGAUGUAUGAAGAAUUGGAAAAGAAAAAAGAGUCUGAUGACAUGAAGAUAUACCAAAAGAAUUUGCGUGCCCAUUUGAAGACAUUCCUCUGUCAGGCAGGGUACGAGCCUUGCAUUCAAGAAGCUCAAGAACAAUACAGGAAGUGGAUGAAUGCACCAAACCCUGAUGAAGGCAAUCCAGUAUCUGACAGGUAUUUCUGCCCAGUAUUCCGUUGGGGGACACAAGAAGAAUGGGAAUUUGGACUUCAAAGAGUUAUUAACUUCCCACAUUCUAGAAAACAAAGUGAGAGAACGUACCUUUUAAAAACACUCGCAGGAUGUUUAAGAGACAAGACAAAGAUCAUGAGGCUUUUAAAUAUAACACUCUUAGAAGGGAAUGGUAAUUUCACUGAAAUGGACCUUUUCCUUAUAAACAAUAUGUUUGCAAAUUCACCUCAAGCAUAUACCACAUUGCUGCAAUUUAUAAGUGAUCAUUGGGACAUCAUAAGAGAGAGAUAUAAUACUAAAUCUAAUCUGUGGUCACAUUUGAUAUCAACUGCUACCUCACACUUUACUACAGAAUCUGGUCUAGACUUAGUGACAAAGUUACAUACAGCACAUAAAGGUGAAUUUGGUCCCGCGGAGCACAUUAUAGAAAAGUCCAUUAAAAAUAUCAAAGAAGAAUCCCAAUGGUCAGCUCAGAAUUUACCUAUCAUGGAAAAAUGGCUAGAUGAUUAUCUUCAUAUAAAUGGUAUUACUGUACAAUCAAAUCAGUAAUCGUGUA